GAAGAGAACAGAGGCAGAGAAAACAUUUGCGCCACUCGACCACGGGGUGACGGGGUAACGUAACGUCGAGUCGUAUCCUAAGCGUGCAAAUCCUCCUUGCACCAUUAAUAUAAAGGAGAAGAAACCUGCAACGUUGUGUUCAGCUGAAGGACUACACUACAUAGCUAUGGCAUAGACAAUCGCUGCACCGUCCAUUCACCGGAUUACGCACAUCACAGAGACAAGUUCGCCACCUGUUUUACGGUUGACACGCAGAAGCCCCGAGCAUCUCGAGAGGAGCGAAAUGACGUUUCGGCGUGGCAGCAAGGAUAAUGGCUGCUGCUCGGUUUCUUUCCUCAAGUACAUGCUCUACAUAUUCAACUUCAUCUUCUUCUUGUCUGGCCUUGCAGUGUUAGGAGUGGCAAUAUGGACGAUCGUCAUGAAGCAGCAUCACUUGAGCCUGCUGGCAACGGUCACGUACGCUUCCACAGCCUACAUGCUGCUCCUGGCUGGUAUCAUUGUCAUAUUUGUCACUGUGCUCGGCUGCAUCGCCAUAUGGAGGCUGGACCGGUGCCUCCUUCUCGGGUACACCUUCCUCUUGUUGCUCAUCUUUCUGUUGGAGGCUGUGGCGGGAAUUAUUGCGUACGUCUACGAGGAACAGGUGGAACAAGAGUUAAAGGAGAGCCUGAAUGCAACUUUCACGGAGAAUUACUUCUUCGAUGCAGCGAGGACAAGCGCCAUUGAUGAUUUCCACCAGAGUUUCAAGUGCUGUGGGGCUGUAGGGUUUGAAGACUGGCUGCACAGCAAGUGGCUUAAAGCAAAUCGACAGCUUCGUAAUAAGGUGCCAGACUCCUGUUGCAAGACUGUAUUGCCGCAAUGCGGAGUACAUGACCACCCCUCAAACAUCUACUAUGACGGUUGCGUAAAUGCAUUACAACAGCAGGUGAGGGAGCACCUUGUUAUCAUAGGGGCUGUGGGGCUCGGAAUUUGCCUUGUCCAGGUAUUUGGCAUGAUAUUCUCUUGCUGCCUGUACGUUCGGCUUCGAGAUUACAAACGCCACCCACAGUACUACUGAGUACAACGAUACGUGCAUAAAGGAGAGUGUGCGGGAAAAUGUAGAUAAUGUGAUGUGCGCCGAAAACUCUCAAUGUUAUUUAUUUCUGACAGCCUUUCCUGUACAAACAGGUGUUGUACAGUUGCAUAUCCCAACAGGAGGAACAUGUCUCAACUCUGUGGCUUUUGCUUCUCAGUGUUUCUUGUAUAUCGGCAGAUGACCCCAUAAGUGUACAUAGUACCAAAGCUGGCCAACUUUGGUGGAAAAUAUAGAGUUAUUUGUGUGCAUAUAGAACACAAAGAUAUUGCAAACCUCUUCUUUUGUGCGGCGUAUUAAGAAAGCACAUAUGCACGUAAAACUCCCGCUAAAAAUGACUGGAAUGGCUUGCAUGAUGUAUGAUGCCCGAGACUAGGGAACAUGAAAAGGACAGACACAAAUACGAAUGUUCCCUAGUCUUGGGCAUCAUCUUCACCAGCUCUUCCUAGAUAUUUUUUCAUUCUCUCAUACCUGAAAUGCUCUGGAAGUGUUCAUACAGUACAUUUGCCUGUUUGUUCAGGGCUCUGGCAGAGUGUGCUAUUAACUUAUAAGGCAGGAACCAAAACCACAGUAUUCCCCUUUUUUUGGCAGGAGUGCUUUCAGUCAAAAGAAGUGACAAAACUGCACCAAAAGGGAUGCCUACCUUUCUUUAAACUAUGCCUUCUUAAAUAAGAGAUUUUCUGCGUAUGUCUGAAAGAAGCCCCUUUGAUUUGUUCCUCUCCAUCUUUCAUCCACCAUGGCAAGACCAUUCUGUUGCAAUCCCCAUUCCUACCCAAGGCUAACGAGAAGAGGUUUGCGUCCAUGUCCAACAGACGCGAUAGUUUCAAUUUUAAUUUCACCGGCCUAAGAAUAUGACCCCUGCUCUACCCAGUACAUGAGCGGAUGGCAACCCAAUGCUACCAUGUGGGUUACCAUGCAUUGUUCAUUCUGUAUCUUGGAAUAAAGAGGACUACACCAAGCAAGGUCUAA